AUGGACAGUGUUCUGCCGGAGUUGACUUGUCUCAUCUGCUUUGAGAUAUUAAAUGAUCCUCACCAGUUCCCAUGUGGACACAGCUACUGCCUGGACUGUAUCCACAGCCUGAGGUGCCACAACAAUUACAGCUGCCCUGAAUGUCGAAGAGAAUUCACAGAGAACAGUGACAUCGUCAGAAACUAUAGGCUGGCUAACAUUGCGAAAACAUUCCGCGAACAUCAACAGAGGACUGGGGGUGAUACUGUUACAGUGGCCUCUGAGGUGAGUCUGGGUCUGAGGUGACACCAAACCCUUGGUUGCUCUUUCUUUAUAUAUGGGACUCAAGAAUAUCUGGUGUGAUGUGACUAGUUACUAUGACAGAGAGAGUUGCCUUGAUAGUCAGGUUGAUUUUAUAUGUAUGAAAUUCCAAUGAAAGAUUCAUGAAAGAUUCUUAACUGUUGGUAUCCAACAGUAGUUUACUGAACAUCUCUCUGUCCUCUCAGACGUCUGGUGGCAAUGUGAGCUGGUUACAGCUGAUGAUCAUACUCCUAACAAUUACUGCCCUCUGUGAGUACACAAUAACCAAUACCAAAGAUAUGAUAGUUUAUUUGCCAAUACUCCCCACAGUGAAGAAAAGUAUUUAAACAGUUCGAGGAAAUACACAAAUGUAUAGAUAGAUAAAUUAUAAUGUAGAUAUAUGAUCACAUUACUGACUGUGCUCUUUGAACUGUUCUUCUUACUCUUUCCCCAGUAAAAGUGUACACCCUUUGGAAGAUUGCAGAUGAAGAUUAUCGGAUACAGCUAGAAAUCCCCACUUCAGACCCCCCGAAACAGGUUUGGUCCCUUCUCCAACCAUACCACAUUCAGGCCAGAGCAGUGUUAUAAAACACAUGUUUUGUUGUUGUGUUACACUGUUUGUGUGUAUGUUGGGUUCAGAGAGAACGAAAAUAACAAAAGAAUGGAAGUAUGUCUUGGGUUGGUUGUUCCAUUAUCCUACCUUUGUUUCUCUUCAAGGUUACCCAGCAUGAUGGUCUCUCUCUGCCUAGAGUUAUCUGGACACUAGUGUCUCUACUCUCCUUGCUCCUACAGAUCCUUUGGCUCCCCCUAUGGGUGUUGUGGUGGUUUGCCUCCAACCUAUUGUCCCUGAUCUUUUUGUGUGUGGAGUUUAUCAUGUCCUGUCUCUUACAGGUUAUUGGUCGGUUAUGCAAUGUUACAUAUGUUACAUUCAACAUCAUUGUGUAUGCUUGUGGUAUUGUUUGCAUUUUGAAUAUGAUUGCUAACAUCAGGCAU